AAUGGGCACGAUCAAUGUGAUCAUACCGUGUUCGUAGCUGGCAACAUUAACGACUCGUUGUUCGAAUUGCAGGUCGUUGCGGAAAGUGCUCGCGGACUUAGCAAAGAAACUAAAAAAAUGCAAGAUUUACUAUUUUAACACCAACAAGUCGAAGGGAGAUAUUUAUGUGAAAAGAAAGUGAAUAAAAAAUUUCAAAUAGAGUUUGGUGUAGGUAGAAAUCGAACCAACAAGUGAUCUGCAAAGAAAAAUAAUGCAACAAACAAACACAUUAAAAAUAUGUAUGAAAAAGUCGCUAUAAAUUUCUUUUAAACCAAACUGUGUGGAAAAUCUACAUAAUUUAUAUAGUGAGAUUUAAAUGAAUAUUGAAUGAAUAAAGCAAACAUAAAAUUUUCAAAUAUCUCACAAAGAUUUACACAAAAAAUCACAGCACAUUUUGUAUGUAAGAAAUAAAAUAAACGCGCGGCUGAAAUCAAAAUUCAACUGUUAAAGAAAAAUACCAGAGCAACAGGAAUUUGCCCUCAAACAAAUAUACAGCGCGUGAAAACGAACUAAUCAGCGCAUAUACAAGUGAAUGUACAUUUUUAAAAUGAAAAAAUAAUAAAUAAUUAAUUUUUUAUGGAAUGGAAUGCUGCAAAAGAGACAGCGCUAGCUGGCAAAGCUUGGGGGCCAUGCGCGUAAAUGAGACACCGACAAGUUGGAGCGCACGAAUUCAAUUUUGAAACGAUCCAACAGCGGGCGAACAUCGAACGCAGUGGGGGAGAAAGAAGCGGUGUGGUAUUUUGUGAGAGACCCAGUGCUUGUGGAAGUGGUAGGUAAAGUGAGGCGCGCGGUAGAGUAUCGACGAACAGUCAACGCGAUCAACGACUACCAUCACUGCUGAAUGCCCGACGAUUGUGUUGUGUUGUUGAGCAAGGCGAAAUAAGCCGCAGAGACCGAAAUCAUCAACGUCGCUACGCCUCGCCGUUCCGCCCAGCCGCCCUCGCCUACAUUUUGUAGAUUUUAUUGGCACCAAACAGUCGCAGUUAGCAGCAAGCCAGUUUGCUAUUCAACUACUAGCCAGCCAAACAGUCAGUCAGUGAGCUACUACAUACAUACAUAUGUAGCUAGCUAACGCCCGCGAACGAUCGAAUUGAUUGGAGCAUAGUCGCGCGAACGCGCGUUUACUCUUAUUAGUAGCGUUUGAAACGAGCGCGGCGUAUCCAAUGCAUGGAAUUUUUGUGUGCGCGACUCACGACGUACUAAAACAAAUUGGAUAUCUAGUGUGUAUAGAGUGUUUGCCUAUGCACAUAUAUACAUACAUACGUAUAUGUACAUACAUAUAAAUUUAUUUAGACCGUGUAUUUAACGGAUGGUGUGGUACAUUCGCAAUUUGCAUACAUACAUACAUAUAUCAAUUUUCACGUGUGUUGAGUGAACGAAUUAUAUACACAUACAAAUGUACGUAACGUAUAUAUAAUUUUGAUGUUUAACCCAAAAACGGUAAUUUACUUCAUUGAAUUUCAACCAUAAAAAUCCACUUUUACAAAAUUUGCAAAUAUUUUAUAAUCAACUGUGUUGAAUUUCAAUUAAAGUGGAAGUGUUUGUAAAGUGAAAACCAUUGUGAAAAAAAACCGCACGUAUGUUGUACAUAUCCAAUCAAUAGAUAUGCAACAGAAAAUUUGUAAUAAUUAAUUGAAAGUUUGCAAGUGGUAUUCGUAAAGUGAAGCAUUCAAAUUACCCAAAUCGCGCACCGCUACUGCCUCACUGUUCCACAGAUUAACUUAAUUGCCACGGCAUUUGCCAAGCAACAGCAACCGCCAGCUCAAGCGAACUCAGCUCAGCACGCUGAUUACAGCUUGCGAAUCGGAAUUACAGUAGCGCAUCAACAACGCCCAGAAAAACAAGUGUUUCAACUCGUCGCGCCCCAACACGCCGCGCGCGGCACACAUUUUUCAUACAUUUCACCAAUUUAAGCGCGCCGCGGCGUCUCUAUUGCCUAGCGCGCCACUCGUUUAAUUGUGCAUAUGUAUGUACAUAUGUACGUACGUAUGUAUGUAGUUAGUGUGUGUCGCUAACUAAAUGAUAAAAAGACAACCGCCGCAGAGCAAGUGCAACAACAACAAACAACAACAAAUACAACAGUGAAAUCAGUUAGCGCGUCGAAUAUGUAUAUUGCCGCCAUCGCCAUCGCUAUAGCCAUCGUCGUCGCCGCCUUGCUAGUUGCUGUCAUCGUUUACACAUACAUUAUUGUUGUAAGCUUGGUGCCCCCAAAACAUGUGUAUUUGGCCAAAUAAAAUUUGCUAGCAACAAUAACACAACGAAAAGAAAAAAAAACCAACUAGCGCGCAUAGUGACAAUUUUAAACAGCGUCAGCAACAGAAAUAUCGCAACACAUACGUACAUACUACAUACUUUCAACAGCAGCAACUUAACCGUGCAACUCUGCCGCCUUUACCGAUUGUAAUUGCAGUCAGUGAAAUAUUUUUGUUGUUGCUUUUUGCAAGCCAUUUAUGAUUUUAAGCGCAACGUUUGCGUACACAUUGUUGUUGCUGUUGCACAUACUAAUCGACGUUUAUGUGUUAAGCGCGUACGCCACCACCACCACCACCUCUACAACUGUAGCCGCUGUAACCGUUUCAACAGCCGCCAUCGCCGUUUUUCUUGGCAAUCAUAAAAAUUUUCUCGUCGUCGACAACGUGCAGGAAUUUCAAUUUGAAAUUAUGCCAAAACUACAACAACAGCAACACUAUCAGCCACAACAACAACAACAACAGCAGCAGCAGCAACACCAUCACCAUCACCACACAUCCACACAUCAUGGCGAAUAUCCAUUGCCAGAUGGUUGGGACGUCGCCACCGAUUUCGAUGGGAAAACCUACUACAUCGAUCAUAAUACGAAGAAGACAACGUGGCUGGAUCCGCGCGAUCGUUAUACUAAACCACAGUCGUUCGAAGAUUGCGUCGGCGAUGAACUGCCGCACGGCUGGGAGGAAGCAUACGAUCCGCACAUUGGCCGGUACUACAUCAAUCACAUUGAACAGACUACGCAGCUGGAGGAUCCGCGGCAGGAAUGGAAAAGUGUGCAGGAGCAAAUGUUGCGUGACUAUCUCUCAGCGGCGCAAGAUCAAUUAGAAAACAAGCGCGAAAUGUAUGAUAUUAAGCAACAGCGCUUGCAGAUAGCGCAAGAAGAGUACAAUCACCUGAAUAAAUUGGCGGCGAGCAGAAGUAGUUUGUGUUCCUCUUCUAGCUCAAUGAGUCGCCACGAUCCCGAGUUACUGCGCGCCGAUCUCGCCAUGGCUAAGGAGCGAGUGCGUCUGCUGAAGCAGGAGCUGAAGCACAUCACACACGACAUUAGCUACACACAGCGCGGUAUGAAUACGCUGCACUCGGUGGGCGAGAAGAUAAAUGCGCGCCAAAAUGGCUGCUACGAUAUCGCCGAAGUGCAGGCCAUACGCGAGGAAAUGCUCAAAGUGCACAAGUCGCUGGUGUCGGGUGAGAAGGUGCGCGAAGAGUUGAUGCGCAGUUUGGUGCAGAUCAAGAAUGAACUCAGCCGCCAGCAGAUAAACGACGAAAAUGCUGAGUUGAUGAACGCCGCCUCGCCGUUUGAUCGCGUUUGCGUCGCCUCGCAGACAGAUUUGUGUGGCGCUGGCGAUAUGAAUAGUGGCGCGCGUUUUGCCGAGAUGGCCAAGACAAAGCUACAGUAUUCCGAAUGGCGUAAACAUAUAAAGAAGUUGCAGCAACAGCUAGCGGACCAUGUGGAACGCAUCGAUCCGGGCCAACUGGAGUCCGAUAAGGAUCGCAUUUUGUUGAUACAGGAGAAGGAGAAAUUCCUUAGCGAUUUGAAUAGCAUUUCAAUGGAGUCACGCACACCCGAGGAGGUGCGCGUCAUACAGCAGACACGUCGCAAACUCGAGGAGGAUCUUAAUGAGGCAUAUGAGGCUACUAAUCAAUGCAUAGCGAAGCGUCUGCGCUUCCACGAGGAGAAGCAGCUGCUUGUGGGCGAGUUACAGGAGGCGCUGAAGUCUACAAAGAAACUAGAGGAACGGCUCAAGUCAUUCUCGUCGGAGAGUACAUUCUCCAUUAGCAGCGGUUCUAGUCUGGGUUCACUGUCGACGGCAAGCAGCAAGAGCGCGCUCAGCUUCACCGACAUCUACAUCGACCCAUUCGCUGUCGAUUCACAAAUUGAUGUUAUCGAUCUGCAGCGGCGUUCACAGCGUUUCUACCAGCAACAACAACUGCAAGCCGCCCAGGCGCAAUUACAGCUGCAGCAGCAGCAGCAGCAAUCACAAACGCAUGCGAUAGCACACGCGCAUCCGCAGUUGCAGCAGCAACCCUCAUCUGAGUUGUCGCUAUCGCCGCGUAGCAGCCUUUCAAUGGAAACACCACCCGCUUCACCCAUGAAAUACAAUGCCAGUCCCGAUCAGGUGGCGGCGGUUGCAAGUCAGCGGCUCAAGGAGGAGCCUACCUAUGCCAAUACACCUGCCGGCGCCGGUUUGCCACCGCUGUACCAACCGAGCCCAGCGCUGGCUGCCGCUAUGGCACGCACGCAUGCGCACGAUUUAGACUCGACGCUGCUGGACUGCAUGGUGCUGGAAGCCAAGCUGCAGAAGCUAAACUUAUCCGCGCCACUAAAUCUGGCCGCUGCGCCACUAUCGCCGAUUUCUGAGAAGCCAUCGUUGCUGGAUCUGCCGCAAGAAAUGCUGAGCCGUUCCUCGUCCUCCUCGAAUACACGCUCCGUAUCGGCGGCAGUGAGCAAUGAGUCGGUGGCCGGUGACUCGGGCGUUUUUGAAGCGUCGCGUGCACAUCUACCACGCAAAGAGUUGGCUCAAGUCCAAAUUGGUUUAAAGUAUUUGAAGGAGAAGGGUGUACUAGUCGUCUCGCUGGAACGUGCGAACAAUCUUUCAGCGUUGUGGACUGCGACUGCGGACAGCUCACAAGUUUAUUUACGCGCCGCUUUGCUACCCAAUUCGCUUACAUCGAUUCGCACAAAGGCCAUGUCGGACUUUCAUAAGCCUGUAUUUAGCGACACUUUUGCCGUGCCUAUAACGCUUAGUAAACUGCAGACGAAGAGCUUGCAGGUGACUGUGGUCAGCAUGACUGGACAGAAGGAGGAAAUUAUCGGCACAGUACAGAUAAGCAUGGCCGAAUUCAAUCCCGAUGAUUCCACACUCAAGUGGUAUAAUGUACUCAGCUCUAAAUUUAUGCCAACCUUCGAGCCGCUAGACAUGCCGUCGACGAGUGCUGCCGCUGCUGCUGCGGCCGCUGCCAGUGCCGCUGCAGCGGCGGCGGCUGCAGCUGUCGCCGUCAGUACAGCUACUGCGAAGCAUACGCCCACAACUAGCGCUAGUGGCAGUGUACCAAACGCCGCCAAGGAGGAGUCAUCCGAUGAAUCGACCAUCACUUCGUCACAAACGUCAACUUUGACACGCAAUCAAGUGCCACCGUUCGAUGUGCAGGCGCAAAUCACUGAAGAAAUGCAAGAACAAUUGACCGUCAAUGACGAGGAUGACGAAGAUGAGGAAGACGAUGAUGAGGACGACGACGAUGAUGACGACGAAUUGGAGGGACUGACAGAUGCUGACUUCACAAAGAAAAUGCUGGAAGCAUACAAUUGCAUCGACCUAAUCAAGCAGGAGUAUGCCGACAAAGAAACUAAUACAGAGUGCGCGUUUCCACCCGAAAAGUCGCGCGCCUCCCAGCAGCAACAGCAAAUGGCCGACGACAGGCCGGUAAAACGUUCGCAGACUUUCACACCUUCGGCGGCCGUCAACAAAAAUCGCUACAUUUGUCGGCUGAACCGCUCCGACUCAGAUUCGGCUAUGCAUUUCGGCGUUACGCCGCAUCCCUUCCAUCGUGGCGCUUUGGAGCGACGUUCGCUGCGUUUCCACACUAAAGUGCCCAAACAAGUCACAAAACUUCGUCAUACACACAUACCGAGAACAAGUUUGGAUCUGGAACUUGAUCUACAGGCGCAACAUAGUAAAUUAGAUUUCCUAAACGAUCAAAUAGCCAAGUUGCAGAACUUAAAGGAAGUUCUCGAAAAGGGCCGUGAUAAUCGCGAUCCCUUAAUUGCCGCAUGGGCUAUUGAGAAUGAAGAGUUUCAGCGCUUGGUCGAGCGUGCUGAUCCAGCGAAAUGCCCAGAAGAAAAGCAAUUGCAUAAGCUUUUGAUGAAAACUGCCAAAGAAAUUUAUAAGCUGCGGAAAACCAAGGUGCCGAAAGGAUCACCCGAUUUGUUGUCGUUCAAGGAAAAAAUGACCUUCUUCACACGUAAAGGUUUUCCAGUGCCCGAGUUACCAGAUCGUGCCGAUUACGUGCUGACCGAUGGCGAUCUCAUCGAAGAGGAAGAUGAGGACGAAGAGGAAGACGAUGAAGAGGACAAGGCACGCGAAACAGCGAUCGCAAUCAAUACAGCGCUCGUAGCUAGCAACAAUAGAAAUAAGAAUCUCAAUGAGAAUCAUGCAGGUGGAGCGAUCAGUCGAAGAGAACUGAAUGCAGCGAAAACCACAGCAGCUGCAGCUGCAGCUGCAGCCGCGGCUGCCAACGCCAGCGCCAGCGCCGCAUCGACGGCAACAGCAACAGCGACAGCAACAAAUAUAUCAUUAGCGCCAAGCACAAGCGCUGCCGUGGCAGCUAAAGCGCCAGCGCCGAACAACAACAGUCCCAGCAGUGACGAUCAAAAGGAUCAACGUUUUGAAUAUGUGGUCGAUCGGAAUUAUGGCGUUGAAGUGUGAAGCUUUUAUAACAUAAACUGUUUUUUUUUCUAAAUAAAUACAUAGCUGUAAAUAUAAAUAUUUAUAUAAUUUUAAUAGCCGCCAACGGGAUAGCGGAAAACUCAAGAAACAAAACAAUUGUGCCUUACUCGUAGUUUUAUAGGAAAAAAAUGUGUAGAUGAAAUGACGACAAGUGAAAAUUAUAUUCACUGAAUAUUUUUAUAAAUCAAUUAAGAAAUAUUUAGUAAUGAAGUAGUGUUGGUGUACAAAAUUUUAUUAUUUGUCUUAAUGCAAAACAUAGAUAUUACUCAAUGAUGAAAGAAGACGAAAUUUGGCAUUAAUAUUGGCGAAGUACGACGUACGCGCUUCUGGAUUUGGGAAACUUUAAUUUUUUUCGUAAAUGAAUUUGGACCUGAGACUAAGAUCGGCUCUAAUGCGAUUUAAUUGUAUUAAAGCUGGAAUAAUUUUUAUAGAAAACGAAACAAAAUAUACACACAGGCAUACAUAGUAGAGCUAUAUAGAAGAUGUAGCAACCGAUUAUUCAUAUAAUUUUUUUUUUAAUAUUAGUUAAGCUAAUAUUUAAUUGUAAAACUUCCAAGCGCAUAUUUUCUCGCAUGCGAUUUUUUUCUUACAGCGAUUUUUAAAUGUAAAAUGCUUAUUUAUUUAAUUUUUAUACAUUAAUACAAAUAUAUUUUUAAUAUAUUGGAAGGCUUGCGUUUUUGUUGAGCUCGAUUUAUACUGCUUUAUUGUCAUUUAAAACUGAAUGAUGGCAAUACACAUGAUGAUGAUGAUUAUUAUAAUUAUUAGUGCUAUGAAAAUUAUAAUCAUGUAUGUAUUUGCAUACAUACAUAAGUGCAAAUUAAAAAAAAAAUUAUAAUUUGGCUACUUAUUUAAAUAAUCAUUUUAGUAUAUUUUUUCUGAAACUAAUUGCAUUGCGAAAACAAUAUUCUUAACGCAAAUUUUCAAAAGAAUUUUUUCUGUAUUUUUGCAAGGAAAUACGCGCCUUUUUUACGGUUAAGUCUGCCACAAUUAUCGUGAAUUUACUUUCACAAAUAAAAACAAAAACUUUGUUGUUAUAGUUUUAGUGAAUUUUUAUGAAACAAGUGAAAAUAUGUGAAAUAAAAUGUAUAUGUAUGUAUAUAAUGAUGAACGCAAAUGCAAGCAAAAUAUAAUAAAACUGGACAACAUUUUUUAAUAAACGAAACUCUGCGGCAAUAAAAUUUUAAUCGACUUAUCGAUUUUUCGUAGCGCAUCGUUUCACUCCCAUUUUGUUGCUUCGCUAAAUUUAGGUAUUUUCAGCGCUGUUUCUGGUUUUCAUUCUGCAUUUGUACAAUUUCGAACAAUUAUAAUGAAUAUAUGUAGUGUUGGAAAAACAUUGUAUGUAUGCAUAAGUAGAUAUGUAUGUAUGUGCUAUCGGCCAAACCCGAUCAUAGGACAAAUUAGUUUUGACUAGGCUAAACUAGAGUAAACUAGAUCAGGCGCCGCAGUAUUUUUGAAUAGAACUCCUUUCUU